AUGGCAUCCCUCUUCCCCUUCCUCCUCCUCUCCGCCGUCUCAGCAAUUUCCACUCCCGUGCAGAAUCAAACCACCUCAUCCCCAUCCCCCUGGGACGCAGGCGCGAUAACCCAAUACCCAAUCCACUCAAGCUGCAAUGCCACUCAGCGCCUGCAAAUUGAAACCGGUCUCAACGAUUCCAUUGCCCUAGCCGCGCACGCAAAAGAGCAUAUUCUCCGCUGGGGAAAUGAAAGCUCAAUUUACCAGCAGUACUUCGGAAACAGACCUUCGUUUGAACCGAUUGGUAUUUAUGAACUCUUGAACAGCGCAGAUAAGGGCCAUGUGCUUUUCCGGUGCGAUAAUCCGGAUGGGAAGUGUGAUAAUGAAGGCUGGGCGGGCCACUGGCGCGACACAACCGCCCCCAACGAAACCGUCAUCUGCGAUCUAAGCUACUCAACCCGACGGUCUCUAGCUACUAUGUGUUCUCUCGGCUACACAGUCUCCAACUCCGAGACAAACACCUUCUGGGCCGCAGACCUUCUGCACCGGCUGUUCCAUAUGCCUCCGAUUGGCCAGAACUGGGUUGACCAUUUCGCGGAGGGGUAUGAUGAGGUUAUUGAACUGGCCGCUGGUAAUAAGAGCGUUUCGACGAGAGAUUCGGAGACUUUGCAGUACUUUGCGCUGGAGGCUUAUGCUUUUGAUCUUGUAAUUCCGGGUGUUGGGUGUCCUGAAGAGCAACAUGAGCAUGAGCAUGAACACGAUGAUGCUGAGGAUAAGGCCGAUGGUGGUGAUUUGCCUGAGAACUGUCACACUCAUGAGGGAGGGGAGGUGCAUUGCACUUAG